GGCCUCCAACAAGCAGACCCAUUUUCUGUCAGCCCGAGUUUAAAAACCCUAAAGUCAGAAAACCCUAAAGGCAAGUUUGAUUUGGCAAUUUUGGCAUCGGUGCGGCACGGAGAUCUCUCUGGGUUUUUGGUGGUUUGUGGAUUUGUGAUCUGGUAGAAGUGAGAACAAUGUCAGUGUCUGUUGGAGAGUUUGCCUGCAGCUAUGCUGUUAUGAUCCUCCAAGACGAUGGCAUUCCCAUUACCGCGGAGAAAAUUGCAGCCCUUGUGAAAGCCGCCAAUAUACAAGUGGAAUCGUACUGGCCGAGCUUGUUUGCUAAGCUUGCAGAGAAGCGUAACAUUGAGGAUCUUAUAUUGAAUGCCGGAGCCGGUGGCGGUGGUGCUCCUGUUGCUGCUGCUGCACCAGCAGCUGGUGGUGGUGGCGGCGGUGCUGCUGCUCCUCCACCUGAGGAGAAGAAGGAAGAGCCAAAGGAGGAAAGUGACGAUGAUAUGGGAUUCUCUUUGUUUGAUUAGGAGCUCCUUUCAGUAUGAUGUUAUCCUUUGUGUUUCUAAUAUUUCUCGAGAGUUGUUACCUUUAUUGAUGUAUUAGGCUUUUAUCUUUUAUUGAUUAGAAUUGUAUGCACUCGUUUCUGACAAAUUCUUCGCAGAUCAUCUGCUUUUGAAGAUUUUGUAAUUGAGCAUUUUGAUACAUACAAAGUUUCGAGACCAGUUUUGCUUCCUUCA